ACAGUCAAUUAUUUUCCUUGAACACAAAUAUAGACGAGAAAAGAAAAAACUUCGUUCAAAUAAGAUGUAUUUUAAGACAACAAAAACUACUCAUAUAUAUUGAAUUAAGUUUUUGUUCGGUGCAAAGGAAAAAAACAAAAAUUUUGAAAAUUUCUGUUAAUAGCUGGGAUACAUUAGUACUUAUUUCUAGAGCAGCAGUUCACAGGUCGCUCAUAAGCGAUAGAAAUCGUGAUUACAAGGUAGAGAAUAUAUCUAGGAACUAUGGAAUUCCUCUAUAUUGUCUAUCGCGCCAAAAAAUGGUUUUAAAUAUGUCAAUAUGUGAGAUACCUACAGUUAUUAUAAGUGCAGAAAAUUUCAUGACUAAAAAUCAAGGGGGAAACAGCGAACUUCAAGACUUCAAGACUUCAAAAGACUUCAACAGACUUCAACAGACUUCACUCGCUGUGACUUCAUCUUUUCACAAGACUUCGAAAGACUUCUAAAGACUUCUGAAAACUUCAUAGGACUUCAAAUGACUUCGCAAGACUUCAUAAGACUUCGUAUGACUUCAUGGGACUUCAUGGGACUUCAAAAAACUUUGAAAGACUUCGUUAGACUUCACAGACUUCGUGAGACUUCAGGGACUUCAUGAGACUUCACCGAUUUCAUGAGACUUCAGAGACUUUGUAGGACUUCUUGAGACUUUAUAAGACUUCAUCAGACUUCAUAAGACUUCACAAGACUUUAUAAAACUUCACAACACUUCACAAAACUUCACAACACUUCACAAGACUUCACAAGACUUCAGAAGACUUCAGAAGACUUCAUAGGACUUCAAGAGGCAGAUUCCAUGCGUAUCAAAAAAUCUUAUACAAAUUACAUGAAACCUCUAUAACAUGCAAAAAAACAAAACUUAUCAAAUAGUAGGGGUGUCAUUUACCGUUUACUUUAUAAUAAAUAUAAAUUAUUUAUCAUUUAAUUUACGCGUAAAUUAAAUGGAAAGUAAAUAUAAAUUGACACCCUUAUUCAUAACAGAGUAACUAGUGUCUUCCGAGAACCACGAACGGGAAUGAUAUUGAAAAUUGAUUGCUCCCAAAAGUCUGUUUUGUGGAACUCACGUAUAUUUUCGAAGAAAAUAGUGAGUGUACGUUUUCAGUUCGAGGUUUGAUGACUCUCUCUCCCCCCACCCCAUUAUAGACACUUAGCAACGGAGAAAGAGAACAUUACAGACAUACCCCCUCCCCCCAUUACAGCCCUUAGCAACGAGGAUUAAAUAAUGGUGAAAAUAUUAUUUUAGCUGCAUUUAAUCGUGCAAAAGAACUAGUUAGUAAUUUGAAUAUAUUACCUUCAUUAAAGAAAUGCAAUGCUUGAAAACUUAAUAGUUUAAGUAAAAAUAUAUUUGAUAGUAUUAGAUUCAACAUUAAUUCGGAUACUUAUUCGGCAACGGAUGCAGAUUCUUCAUCAGAUUCUGAAUCUGAUUAUGAUGAUGAAACAAUAGAAAGUAAUGAGUUUAAUAGUGAUCUAAUCAAUGUGGAUGAAGAAGAUAAAGAUGCGGCAACGACACAAAGUGUUGAUGAAAUUAAAACUGAGAAAAUAAAUUUUACUGGUAUGCGUAUAUUUGAUUCGAUCAAUCCAGCAAUGAAAAACUCCUAUUUUCAAGUGCAAAUAAAUAACAAGACUAAAUUUAUACACAAGCAAACGGCUUGUUGGUUAUUAACUGACAAAGCUAGCCGUUUAUCGGCUGAUAGAUUAUCACGAGUGAUAGAAACAAACAAAAAGGAUUAA